CUGCUGUCUGUUAAUUUCGACAUCACCGCGACGACGUGUCAACAGGAAUAAACAUUUGAUUCUGUCGCCCACAAAAUGGGUCGAUUAAGCCCACAAGCCCGGUUCAUCAUCAACGAAGAGCAGUGGGCCAAGGUUGCUCCCAAGCCGCUACCAAAGAAGCGACCGCGGGCGUUGAGUGUGCCGCGGGAAGAUGACCGCCAAUUCAGCGUGUGGAAUGUUCUGAAACAACCAAGAAAGACACUCGAUCAGAGUCAAUCACGGCUGCUUUCUCUGCCAUAUGAAAUCCGAGUGAUGAUCUGGAGGGAAGCUAUUGGUGGGCUUUUGCUGCAUCUGAUGCGUGCUCCGCAUAAAGUGGCCAGUUUCAGAUGCUCCGACGAGGAAGAAGGCAAGGAAUAUAUCCAGUCAGGCCAUUUCCACUGCAUGUCGUAUUAUCAGCUCAGAGCGAGUUAUUUUUCAUAUUGGUGGGAAGAGCGAAAUACCGAUGCCAAAGUGAACCAUGCCAAUCUGCUGCCUCUGCUGCAGACAUGCCAAUUCAUAUACUCCGAAACCAUCGACAUGAUCUAUCAAGACAACAUCUUCCAUCUCACCAACACAGACACUCUCAUGAACUUAUCACGAACAAUCUUACCACAUCGCUUCAACCAAAUCCGAAUCUUGCAUUUACAUUGCGCCUUUCCAUUCCCAAUAUCACAAAUCUAUCACGAAAAGAGCCACAUCGACCGCUGGAUCGAGACCUGCUUACUUCUGUCCGACAUGAAAAGCCUCCAACAGCUCUAUCUCUAUCUUGGUACUGGGCUCAUCCCCAAAGACCAGGAUGAACCUGAUCUGGAAAGAAAUGUUGGUCUUGUUCUGGCACCGAUGAGCCAGAUCACCCAGACUGCUGUUUUUGAUGUUAGAGUUCCACGGACACAUGAGUAUUUCUGUCAGUUUGGGACGAAGAAUAUGCCGUUUCGAUUGUUGUUACAAGCAGAAGAUCGAUCAGAUAGAGAGCCUUGGCUAUAAUUGCUUCAAUAUGAUGCCGAAAGAGCUUCAUUCUUCGUAAGUGUACAUGUCGUAUAGUAUCAUGGAUUAGCUGGUACAUCCAACCUUGUGACACUUUCUUCAAGACAUCUUCGGCUGGUAUAGUAAAUGCUGAGUUUGGAAUGCAUGAAAGGCUGAAAUAUCUUUUUUAUCCAGUCAACCAUUUAUUGUUCAACG